AUGAAUAUACGCUUGUUCUCCAAGAAGACUCAUGGGCCUCUCCCUCCUGGGCCUAAGCCAAAGAGCUUAAUUGGGAACUUGGCUGACCUACCGCCGCCUGGGGUGCAGGAGUGGAUAUUCUGGGGGAAACAUAGAAAUCUCUACGGCCCCAUUAGUUCGGUUACUGUCUUCGGCAAGACUCUCGUUAUUAUCAAUGACCAGCACGUUGCAUUUGAUCUCUUGGAAAAGCGUUCGGCGAUUACUUCUUCACGGCCCAGGAUGGUCUUCGGUGGAGAUAUGGUCGGUUUGGAGAACGCGUUGACGAAUCUUACAUAUUCGGAUCGUUUCCGCGCAUAUCGCAAGAGUAUUCAUUCUCUGCUGGGUACAAAACAAGCAGUCUCUCGUUUCAAUGCUCUACAGGACAUCGAAGUCCGGCGUUUCCUCCUACGAGUUCUUGACGAACCAGAGAGGCUUAUUCAACACAUCCGAACUGAAUCUGGUGCUAUUAUCUUAAAAAUAUCACAUGGUUACACAAUCGAACCUUCUAGCCGGGACCCACUCAUCGAGCUUGCUGACGAGGCACUAAUGCAUUUUUCAUUAGCAACUGUUCCUGGCGCCUGGCUUGUAGAUACACUCCCUUUCUUGAAACAUGUUCCCAAUUGGGUGCCUGGAGCGGGAUUUAAGCGCACAGCCGCUCGCUGGAGAAAGACAGUUAUGGACUUCGUUGAAAAGCCGUAUGCCUUCGUAAAACAGCAAGUGGCUGACGGUGUCGCCGUGCCUUCAUAUACAUCGCAGCUACUUGAAAAGGGCAUCCUCAGUGCUGAAGAUGAGAUGGUUGUUAAAUGGUCUGCCGCAUCUUUAUACGCGGGCGGUUCUGAUACCACUGUAUCUUCUAUUGCAUGCUUCUUCCUCGCUAUGACUGUAAAUCCUGAGGUGCAAAGAAAGGCACAGGAAGAGAUAGAUCGUGUAAUUGACGAUGACCGCCUACCCGGGUUUGAUGACCGUCAAAAUCUCCCUUACGUCGAUGCAAUCGUUAAAGAAAUUCUCCGCUGGCAUCCCGUCGGGCCGAUGGCUCUUCCUCAUACCACAACCGAGGAUACUACCUAUGAAGGUUACUGCAUACCAAAAGGCUCGAUGCUUCUUCCAAACAUCUGGGGAUUUGCUCACGACCCGGAGACGUAUCACGACCCAAUGAGUUUCAAACCCGAACGGUUCCUCGGUACCGAUGGUCGCGCGCCCGAGAUGGACCCUCAUCAACUGGCUUUUGGUUUUGGCCGUCGGAUCUGUCCUGGCCGUGAGCUGGCCGACGCGUCUCUGUAUCUUACGAUCGUGCAGAGUCUCGCAGUGUUUAACAUAACCAAGGCCGUUGAAAAUGGGAAAGAAGUUGAGCCAGUUGUCGAUUUCACUCCAGGCAUUCUCAGUCAUCCUGUCGAAUUCAAAACUUGCGUUAGGCCCCGAAAUACGAAGGCCGAGGCCCUGAUUCGUUCCAUUGAGGAGGAACAUCCGUUUCAACCAAGUGAUGCGAGUUUCCUCACCAGAACUGAGGUCUAA